ACUGCAAACCUGUGCGUGCUUCCUUGGGAGAAAAGCCUAUUAAACUGAAUGGGACUUGCUUAUGAUUAUGUAUAGGUUUGUGCUCCACACCUAUACUGUAUAUAUAUUUGUCCCUUCCAACUCUAUGGUUUUAUUCUAUGAUUUUAAAGACAGGGAAUCUAUGAAUAUACAUAAGUAUUGUGAAUAUAUAGUGUGAAUAAGAGUUUUAAAGAGGGAGACUCGUUCUGCACACCAAGCCAUUGUUUGCAUGUAGGCCCUGCAACUUAAGCUCGUUUUCCUCAUUGGCAGUAUCCAAUAGGCAUUUAUUAUUUUAUUAGAAAUGUAAUAGUAGAAGUGUGAAUGUAAUUUUCAUCCUGCCUUAAUUGUCUAAUGGAGCUGGUGCUUAAAUGGAGGAAGCAGUUUCAUGGGACAGCUGAUCUCAGCAAAAGCGGAGGAAGUUGACGGAGACUGGAAUCUCUUGAAGCAUAAUUUCCUUUUACAAUUCAGCCAGCAAAGCAGCUUUUAGAUCACAUUGGAGGAUGUUCCUCUUUGAUAAAAUACUUUUCAAUCGGCACAAACACGCACAGUAAGUCAAGGGACAUGGGUGGCGCUGUGGUCCAAAACACUGAGCCUCUUGGGCUUGCUGAUCAGAAGGUUGGUGGUUCGAAUUCAUGUGAUGGGGUGAGCUCCCGUUGCUCUGUCCCAGCUUCUGCCAACCUAGCAGUUCGAAAGCACACCAGUGCAGGUAGAUAAAUAGGUACCGCUGCAUUUGGAAGGUAAACAGUGUUUCCGUGUGCUCUGACUUCCGUUACGGUGUACUAUUGCGCCAAAGCAGUUUGUCAUGCUGGCCACAUGAUCUGGAAAACUGUCUGUGGACAAACGCUGGCUCCAUUGGCCUGAAGAGUGAGAUGAGUGCCACACCCCAUAGUUGCCUUUAACUGGACUUAACCGUCCAAGGGUCCUUUACCUUUACCUUACCUUUACCUUAAACUAAUCCAACAAAGAGUCAAGCAGAAUCCCUUUUAAUUACUUUCAGUUCUAUGCACAUGCACUUGGGAGUAAGACUGCAGCUGAAUUCAGUGAAACCUGCAUCUGAAUAAAAAUCCAUUGAAUCUGCAACUUUCAGGCAAUGGGUGUGAAAGAAACAGGGAAGGAGUUAGUUAAUGGUGUUAUAUUGUGUAAGUUUUGGACAUCGAACAGAAAGUUGAGAAUGAAAACCUGAUAUUGCUCUGUAGAUCUGCUUGUUAUGAAAUCAGGCUCUGACCAUGGCUUUGGGACAGACCAAGAGACCUUGCCUUUAUAUGCUUCCCUAAGUUUGUCAGAAGAUAAACUGAUAUCUUGUUCUGAUAACCAGCAAGCAUUAAGCUACAGGUACAGACCUGGCAGCCACCUUAUGCGCAGAUUUCUUCAUUGAAGUGCACAGACUUACAAUAUCUUCAAGUUACAUCCCAAGGUAAAGAUGUCUUCCGAGGCCAAUUAUGCUUUGCUUCAUACUGGGCAAAAGCUGCCUUUUGUUGGAUUGGGUACUUGGAAGAGUGACGCUGGACAGGUGAAGGAGGCAGUAAAAUAUGCCCUUAGUGCUGGCUAUCACCACAUUGACUGUGCUACGGCUUACAGCAAUGAAGCAGAGAUAGGCGAUGCUCUGCAAGAGAUGGUUGGAAAUGACAAGGCCAUUAAGAGGGAAGAGCUGUUUGUGACUUCCAAGUUAUGGAACACCAAGCACCACCCAGAAGAUGUGGAGCCAGCUCUAAAGAAGACCCUGGAAGAUCUAAAACUGGAGUACCUGGACCUCUACCUCAUGCACUGGCCACACGCCUUCGAACGGGGGGACAACCUCUUCCCCAAGAAUCCUGAUGGCACAAUGCGCUAUGACUACAUUGACUACAAAGAAACUUGGAAGGCGAUGGAGAAGCUAGUGGAAAAGGGUCUGGUGAAAGCCAUUGGGUUAUCAAACUUCAAUAGCCGUCAAAUUGAUGAUAUCAUUGGCAUAGCUUCUGUAAAGCCAGCUGUGCUACAGGUGGAAUGUCACCCUUACCUUGCCCAGAAUGAACUGAUAGCUCACUGCCAUCAGAAAGGGCUGGUGGUAACUGCUUAUAGCCCUCUUGGUUCCCCUGACCGGAUGUGGAAGCACCCAGAUGAACCUGUGUUGCUGGAAGAACCUGGGAUAAAAAAGCUAGCUGAAAAAUACAGCAAAUCUCCUGCUCAGAUUCUUCUCAGAUGGCAAGUACAGCGCAAAGUGGUCGUCAUUCCCAAAAGUGUUACUCCUGCUCGCAUCCUCCAGAAUCUCCAGGUGUUUGACUUCAACCUGACAGCAGAAGAGAUGAGCUUUAUUGGGAGCCUGAAUAAGAACUGGCGAUAUAUUGUUCCAAUGGUUACGGUCGAGGGCAAGCUUGUUGCAAGGGAUGCUGGACACCCCCUCUACCCUUUCAAUGAUCCCUAUUAACUCCAGUAGUUUAGAAGACAGAAGAUAGAAUUUUACACAAGACUGCCAUGGGUUAUUAGACUUUAAAAGAUGUUUCUGGGAUUAUUUUUUUGUGUGUGGCCUUUAUUUGUUUCUACAUGUUUAUAAAGAAAUGAAUGAGAGGAAUAGAGAUAAAUUGCAAGAGACAUGUGUAAGCCUUAAAACUAAAUGCACAAGUUUGUAAGUCCCACCUUGGUCCAAAAUUAUGCUUGUGCUAUGACAGCAGUGUUAGCCUGAUUUAACACUGAAUGUGCUCUAACAUCACAAGCCUGCUUGCAGUGAACAUAAUUUGAAACAGAAUGUGCUUGAUAUUGCUACUACAUUUAAUGCUAGAUGGAAAUCAUUAAGCCCAUUGUGUAUUAACUGAACCAUCUCCACCAGCCAUGUAUGAACCCCCAGGAGGAUAGUUUAAAACGACCUUUUCACAUUUUUCUGUCAAUCUUUUCCAAAGUGCCCUCCCUUUUUACAUAUGUAUGUAUGCAUGUAAUGGAAGACCUUCUUUAAUUAAUUUUAUUUGAUUUUAAAUUGUUUUUCUUUCCCAUAAAGAAGAGAACAAAAAAGAAACCAGAAAGGGAGAGGGAAAAGUAGACAAAGCACUACACGUAAUCAUAAUCGUCACUAGAAUCCUGUAACAGAUCACACCUCAUAGUGACCCAUCUUGCAAACAGGUCUAUAUAUGGAGUCCAAAUGUCUGAGGACUUGCCAGUCUGUCUCCUAUGAAGAGCCACUUCUUCAUAAGCAGCUACUGUAAACCAAUCUUCUGAUCAUUGUACUAUUGAUGGGAUUGAAAAUUAUUUCUAGUGUUGAAAUACCAGCUGUUUUGCUGCCAAAGUGGUGCUCAUGAUUUGGCUAUGCAGUCCUUCAGUGAAGUGCCACGCCAUGGAGAUGUCUACAACCAUGAAAUUCUGAUUUUUCAUUUUACAAAAGGGAGCACAGUCACCCACUCCCUUUCAUAUUCUCUAGCUCCCUGUUCCCCUCCUCCCUCAACUUAACAAAAAUCCAACUCAGUGUUAUUCAGGAUGUCCUUGUAUAGAAAAACUGUAUUUUGUGUGCGGGGCUGAAACAAUCAAAUCCUCUAGUAUUCCUGGUAACUUGGAUACACAUUAUGUCCAAACAUGCACACAGGUAUCUUAUACUGGAGUUGAAGGGGUACAAGUGUUUUUAAGGUAACUUUCAGGUUGCUGCAGUAGGUUAAAGCGUUUUGAAUUAAAAGCAGACAUAUAUUGCAUCUUCAGGGAUCCAGAUCCAAAAUACAAGCAACAGUUUUGUUAUUAGUAUUUUUCUUAGUAAAAUUGUCAGCUGUCUGGGUAUAUUGAUAUAAUGAUUCCCUUGGUUUGGGUCUUAAGAUACCUUGUCUGAAAACCUAUAUUGUCUUUUUGGUAAAUAUAUUCAGCUUUGUAUCUGCUA